AUGACUACUAACAAAUCAAUCUCAAACAAUAACAAAGAAGUUUUUGCUACUCCAAAGUUCUACAUUCUUUGCGGAAUGGGCGGCUCAUUGGCAUGUGGUGGAACUCAUCUUUUUAUCACACCUUUAGAUAUUGUAAAAUGUCGAAUGCAAGUGGAUAAUGUAAAAUAUCCGGGAAUUGUGAAAGGAUUUCAGGUUACUGUUGCUGAAAAUGGAUGGAAAGGUAUUUUUUGAAAUUUUUAUUUCAUUUGUUUAUUUCAAGAAAUGCUAUUUCAGGAUUAAUGAGAGGAUGGGCACCAACUACGAUAGGUUAUUCAGCACAAGGAUUUGGAAAAUUCGGAUAUUAUGAGAUUUUUAAGAAUGUCUACGGUGGAAUGUUGAGCGAGGAGAAUGCUUACAUUUAUCGAUCGUAUGUUUAUCUUGUUGCUGCAGCUUCUGCUGAAUUUUUCGCCGAUCUUUUCUUGGCGCCUUUCGAAGCUUGUAAAGUUCGUAUGCAAACAUCAGAUAAUGCACCAGCGACAAUGAGAAAAUGUAUGCCAAUGAUUUACAAAACUGAAGGUAUUAAUGGAUUUUUCAAAGGAUUGCCACCACUUUGGUCAAGACAAAUACCGUAUACAACUGUGAAAUUUGUCUGUUUUGAGAGAAUUAUGGAAUGGAUGUAUCAAUAUGUUGUACCAAAACCAAGAAAUGAAUGCAGUAAAUCGGAACAAUUACUUGUCACAUUUUCUGCUGGUUAUUUGGCUGGUAUUCUUUGUGCUGUAGCUUCACAUCCACCUGAUACAAUCGUUUCGAAACUCAAUCAAAAUUCCCAAGCCACUUUAUCUGACAUGGUAAAACAAUUAGGAUGGCGUGGAAUGUGGGCGGGACUUGGAGCAAGAAUUAUUAUGAUUGGAACUAUUACUGCAUUGCAAUGGUUGACUUAUGAUUCUUGGAAGGUUUUGAUGAAUAUUCCAAGACCACCACCAGCACAAAUGCCUGAAUCUUUGAGAAAAAAUUGA